AUGGGGCCGUUGCUGGCACGCGGCCUGUCGCAGGACUUUGUCCCGCUGAAGUCACGUUGCGUCAAGGGCCUCGCGGAAUGGAUCCUGACCUCUCCGUGCCAGCGAAACAUCAUUGUGCUUGCAGGGGCAGGAGCCAGCACCGCUGCGGGCAUUCCGGACUUCAGAAGCCCCGGAACCGGGCUCUACGAUAAUCUGCAGAAGUACAACCUCCCUACUCCUGAGUCGAUCUUCAGCUUGGACUACUUUCGCAAAGCCCCGGAUGCUUUCUACGAGCUGGCGAGGGAUCUUUGGCCCGGUGUCCAAGGCUACAAGCCCACCCUCACGCAUCGCUUCAUCUCGACGCUGGACAGGAAGGGCCGUCUCUUGCGGUGCUUCACGCAGAACAUCGACGGCCUCGAGCGCCUUGCUGGGGUGCCGUCCGAGCGUGUGGUCGCUGCGCAUGGCAGCUUCGACACGGCCAGCUGCAUUAGAAACGGGAAGAGCGUGCCAGCAGAGGAGCUGCGCCAGGCGGUGCUUUCCGGAAAAGAGGGCCCACGCGGCUGGCAGGCGCUGCGCGAGAAGUACGGAGGCCUGGUGAAACCCGACAUCGUCUUCUUUGGGGAGAACCUGCCGGCAUCCUUUUUCAAACACCGAACCGUGGACUUCUGCAAGUGCCAGUUACUGCUGGUCAUUGGGACAUCUCUCUCUGUGUAUCCCUUUGCAGACCUGCCCCAUGAUCCACCUCGCUCAUGCAUCAAAGUCCUCAUGAAUCGAGAAGAUAUCUCGGAGUUCGGCUUUGACAUCUCUUUGUUGGGUGACUGUGACGAACAUGUCCAGGAGCUGGUGACUCGGCUGGGCUGGCAAGAAGACCUCAGGGAGAUGGCAGUCUCAAAGACUUCAGCGAGUAGCGACUAG